UUGGUUCUCUGAGUGGCACCAUGGUGGUCGGCAAAAAUAAGUGCCUUACCAAAGUUGGCAAAAUGGGAGCCAAGAAGAAAGUGGUUGAUCCAUUUUCUAAGAAAGACUGGUUUAACAUGAAAGCAUCUGCAAUGUUCAAUAUAAGAAAUAUUGGGAAAAUGCUUGUCACUAGGACCCAAGGAACCAAAAUUGCAUCCGAUGGCCUCAAGGGUAAUGUGUUCAAAGUGAGCCUGGCUGAUCUGCAGAAUGAUGAAGUUUCAUUUAGGAAAUUCAAGCUAAUUACAGAGGAUGUUCAGGGCAAAAACUGCCUGACAAACUUCUAUGGCAUGGACCUCACUCAUGAGAAAAUGUGCUCGAUGGUCAAGAAAUGACAGACUAUGAUUGAAGCUCAUGUUAAUGUUAAGACUACCGAUGGUUAUUUGCUUAGUCUGUUCUGUGUUGAAUUCAAUAAGAAGCGUAACAAUCAGAUCAGGAAGAUCUCUUAUGCUCAGCAUCAACAAGUUUGCCAGAUUCGGAUAAAGAUGAUGGAAAUCAUGACUCCAGAGGUGCAAACAAAUGACUUAAAAGUGGUGGUCAAUAUAUUGAUUCCAGAUAGUAUUGGGAAAGAUAUAGAAAAGGCUUGCCAAUCUAUUUACCCACUCCAUGAUGUCUCGGUAGGAAAAGUAAAAAUAAUGAAGAAGGCUAAGUUUGAGUUGGGGAAACUCAUGGAGCUUCAUGGUGAAGGUAGCAGUUCUGAAAAAACUACUGGAGAUGAGACAAGUGCUAAAGUAGAAAGAGCUGAUGGAUAUGAACCACCAGUGCAAGAAUCUGUUUAAAAUUUAA